AUGGGAUGUGGCAAUCCAGGACUCAAAGGUGCCAAAGGAGAGAAGGGAGACCCAGGUGUUGGAUUGAAAGGGGAACCGGGUUUAACUGGAAUACCAGGAUUUCCAGGCCUAGUAGGCCUAGAUGGACUUCCAGGACUUCCAGGUGAAAAAGGAACUAAGGGAGAACCGGGAGUGAUCGCAUUGAAGGGCAUUUCAAGUCCCACUGGACCGCCUGGACCCCCAGGCCCACCAGGCCCUCCGGGCAUGCCAGGAUUUCCAGGAGUUCGAGGUCCAAGAGGACAAAAGGGAGAACCAGCAGAUACUGAUGAUGUUCAGAGUCAAGUCGCUGCUCUGGAAAACACGUUACAGGCUCUUCGAGCUGAAUUUGACAAUUACAAACAAGUGGUGCUACUGCAGGGGUUGACGGCCGGACAGAAGACUUUCAUUUCCACCCACCAGCAUGACACUUUCACAAAUGGCAAAGCCCGGUGUGCGAAAGCUGGAGGGGCCCUGGCCUGCCCCAUGGAUGCCGAUGAGAACGCUGCAGUUCUGGCAUUAGCAAGAAGAGAGUCUAAGUUUGCUUUUCUCAACAUGAAUUACAUCCCGACACAGAACCAUUUGGUUUAUGAAAAUGGAGAGCCAGUAAGGUACACAAACUGGAAAAACAGUGAGCCCCAGAAGAACGGCAGCCGUAAGGAUUGCGUUGCUGUCGUACCCGAAAAUGCCGAGUGGGAUAAUUACAGCUGUGACCAGAGAGGUCUGAUCAUUUGUGAAUUCUGA